CCCUGUCGUUCAAUGGCAGUGGUGUCGUCAUCACGCGAGCGAGCUCUGCACGUGACGAAAAGUGCUGGCGUCUAUGGUGGCCAUGAGCUUUGAGGGCGCUGACAUUCCAACCUUUUAUGUAAGGGGAAUAUACACUAAACAAAAGCAUUAGCAUGUGGAAAGGUUUCCCUUUCAGGCAUCCGAACAAGGAAGUGACUCUCAUUCAUUCUGCUGGGCAAGCUCUGGGCGAGAGUGAGGGGUUGGAUCAGCGAGGUCAAAAUGAAGGGCUUGUUCUAUCAAGUAAAAGCAUCAGAGGAAGAAGGAGUAUUUGUGUAUCAAGACAGGGAACUUGCUCCACCUCCAAGUGAAUAUCACGUGAAACUCCAAGUGAAAGCUUGUGCCCUGAGCCAUAUUAACACAAAGCUCAUGUCUGAACUAAAUAUUGGAAAAGAAUUUGUCCCUGUGGGAAGAGAAGUGGCAGGAGUGAUACUGGAAAUUGGACCAAAAGUUUCCUUCUUUCGGCCUGACGAUGAAGCAGUGGGAAUAUUGCCACUUAACUACCAAGAGUCUGGGCUCUCUGAAGUACUUUGGGUUCAUGAGAACCAUUUAGUUCCCAAACCAGAGAAGGUCAGUUGGGUGGAGGCAGCCGGCACAAUUCGUGAUGGGUUACGUGCCUAUACGGCCCUGCAUUCACUUGCGAGCCUGGGUCCAGGGAAAUCUGUACUGGUGAUGGAUGGAGCAAGUCCCCUUGGAGCCCUUGCUAUUCAGUUGUCGCUCCACAGAGGAGCCACGGUGAUAACGACAGCAGACAGUGAAGAGAGUAAACUCUACUUAGAAAAAUUGCGUCCGGCUGUAGCCCGUGUUAUAGAUAUGACUAAAGGGAAAGUAGACCUGGCCGAGAGCUGUUUGGAGGAAACAGGUGGCCUUGGAGUUGACAUUGUUCUCGAUGCUGGAGUGAGAUUGUAUAAUGAAGAAAAUGUGAACGCUAAACCGAAACAGCUUCCUCACAAACAUGACAUCAUAACUCUUCUCUCUGUUGGAAGCCACUGGGUCACUAGUGAACAGAAUCUCCAGUUGGACCCCCCCGACAGUCACCUACUCUUCUUUAAGGGAACCUCUCUUUCUUUUCUAAAUGAUGAAGUCUGGAAUCUCUCCAAUGCACAUCAAGGGAGGUAUCUUCAUAUCUUGAAAGAUGUCAUGGAGAAACUGUCCAUUGGAAUAUUCAGGCCUCAGUUGGAUGACCCUGUGCCGUUGUAUGAAGCUAAAGUUGUCAUGGAAAUGGUUCAGAAGAAUGAAGUGAGGAAGAGGCAGAUUGUUCAGUUCUGAGAGUUGGCAAGGACAAUUAUGGGGUUUCUUAUAAAAGGUCGAGUUGUGUUUUCCCGAAAAAUUUUUGUUUUUUGAGGGUAGUUUCCCCAAAAAAAAUUGAAUUUUUGGGGAUAAAAAACAACUUAUCUCAAAUAUAUUAUGCCCCUAAGCUGCUAAAAGCCCAAAUCAGAGAUCAAGGUCAUGUAGAAGUCAGUAGCAGAGGUCUCUUACUAUUUGAAGAUGUUUUUUGCCUUCAUGAUUUUCAGUUUUUUUUAUGGUGGUUUGCACUCAAAAACUCAAUAAAUUCUAGUUUUUUUUUUAUAGCUUAUAAACUCGUUAAAUUCAA